GUUUGUCCUCGCUGCCAGUCCGUAGUAGGCCUUGAAACGAAUGAAAGCUCACAAACUACCAAAGAUCACGGGGGUCGGGGCCUGUUCCCGAGGGAGCCGUAUAUCCUCCGUCUCGGGCUCGUCAGAGUCGUGAAAGAAGAAACAGGAUUCUGCUAGUCUGUGGCAACAUCAUGUCGGCGGACACCAAAAUCGCAGAGCUUUUAACAGAGCUCCAUCAACUCAUCAAGCAGACGCAGGAGGAGCGGUCGCGCAGUGAACACAACCUGCUCAACAUCCAGAAAACACAUGAGAGGAUGCAGACUGAGAACAAGACCUCCCCUUACUACCGGACUAAGCUGAGGGGACUCUACACCACAGCCAGAGCAGAUGCUGAGGCAGAGUGCAGUAUUCUUCGUCAUGCUCUCGACAAAAUUGCAGAGAUCAAAUCCUUAUUGGAGGAGAGGCGAAUAGCGGCUAAGAUGGCAGGGGUGAACAGCGACAAUGACCCCCCCAGGAAGACCAUGCGGAGGGGGGUGCUGAUGACACUGCUCCAACAGUCAGCCAUGACGCUCCCGCUGUGGAUUGGCAAGCCAGGAGACAGUCCUCCUCCCCUGUGUGGGGCGAUGCCAGCCAACAGUGACUAUGUGGCAAAGCAAGGGGACAAGGUGGCAGCGCGGGUCAAGGCCGUGGACGGAGACGAACAGUGGAUCCUGGCCGAGGUGGUCAGCUACAGCCACUCCACCAACAAGUACGAAGUGGAUGACAUUGAUGAGGAAGGAAAAGAGAGACACACCCUGAGCAGGCGGCGUAUCAUCCCCCUGCCCCAGUGGAAGGCCAACCCAGAGACUGACCCGGAGGCCCUGUUCAGUAAAGACCAGCUGGUGCUGGCCCUCUACCCCCAGACCACCUGCUUCUACAGAGCCCUCAUCCACACACACCCACACCGGCCCCAGGACGACUACUCCGUGCUGUUUGAGGACACGUCGUACGCAGACGGCUACUCCCCGCCCCUCAACGUAGCUCAGAGAUACGUGGUGGCCUGCAAAGAAAACAAAAAGAAGUAAAGAAGAGACUGAUGAAGAGAGGAGUCAGGAGAAAUCAAGGGGACUGUAACUGAAGAUACUGUAUUUUGUCAGAUUUGACAAGUACACUGUGUAGACAAGUGUUCCUAGACCAGUGUUUCCAACCACCCCCUCCCCAGAAUAACAAUGGAUUCCAUACCUUAACCACACUUAUGGACACACUGGGGGCGGGUUUCAAAUAAAAUAACAUCAAAU